AUGGCAAUCGAAAUUCACAAUGUCAUGCAAAGUUUAUUAAAAACAUUCUAUGUAACUGAAAUAGUGGAAAAUAUAUCAAAAUUGAACGACGCAAAGAAACAGCUACACGAUUAUAUCGGAAAUGUAUUGAAAAAAAGUAUUGAAGAGUACACUCUACAAAAAAUUGAAGAUACUUUAAACCGGAAGUUAACAGUUCGUGAUUUAGAUCUUAAAAGAUGGGCAUUAGAAAAGAAAAGAAAACAUAAAAUAACGAAACUUGUAACAAAAGUAUCUAUUGAUAAUAAACCUAAUCUACAGCUGAACUGUCAAAAUUUUGUUAAUGAAGUGAAAUCUGAACUAUCUAAAAGAGAUCAAAAAGUUGAACGUGAACUGCAGAUCAAUGGUGUUGAUCAUUUAUGUUCAGGGAAAUCUGUCUCAUGCAAUGAUGACGUGGAUUUAAGUUGUACAAAUCAAAUUAAUCAAGUAUCAAGUUCAUCGGACAUAGACAGCACCUUAAAUAUUCAUGAAGAAGAGGUUCAUCAUACUUCUGCGAUUCAAUGUUCAGAUUCUAUGGAGAUAAUCAAACCAUCUAUUGUCGAAACCGCAAAUUAUCAAAAUGCAAGUAGUAUUACUUCUGCAUUGUCUUUUUAUAAGGGAUUUCAACAAGCCAACAAAUAUUAUAUAGAAGGAUUUAAAGAAGGAAUAAAACUGGAAAAACAACGAAUGCUGAAAGAAGUACGAAAUUUACAAGAAACACAAUUGCCACUGCCAUUGACAUCAUUUGAGAAUUUUCCUAUUACCACAAAUGAUUUUUUAAAUACGUCGUCGAUUUCACUAAUUACUGUACCAGCUUCAACUGGAUCGAUUUCAAGUAUUAUCCCCAACUCACCGUGCAUGUCAAAUUUGGAAAGUACCUUUAAUUCGGAUUCUCUUGCUUCGACUGAAGAAAUUUGCGGUACUUCACAACCGAUUAUUUCCAGCUUAAACGUUAGUCAGAGUACUGCUAUUAAUGAUCGUCCAAAAGUUAAAGCUGUUUCAAAAAAAGAUAAUAAAAGCGUUCGUAAGACUGUCCAUGAUUUUCAAAAAUUUUUAGAAAAAACACGGCCGCAUUGUGUACAGCAGGUCCAUCAUUUGCAGCAGCUUAACCAACAAUUACAAUUGCAACUGGAUCAAGCGCAGACAGGCCAAACGGAAAGAUUACAGGAAGAUGCAGAUACUAUAAAACUACACCUUCAAGGACCUUGUCCAUUUUUUAUUGAUUCAUUAAAAUAUCCAAAAACUACUGUAAAUGAUGAAAUUAUGGAAUUAGGAGAUGGAUCUCAUGUUCCAAUAGAUGAAGCAGUUAAUAUUUUUGACUCUAUUAGUUUUGACAGGAUGUCUAAUGAUGAUGAUGAUAGAGUUGGACUUAAAAGAAAUGGUAUUCUAAGAAGUGAAGAACAAAAUCUAUCGCAAAUAAUGAACAAGGAUAAUGCAAAAUCAAGAAGUAUUCAAGAAAUAUCUUCCAUGACUUCUCUGUCAACGUUUAAUCUAACAACUACCCCGUCGCAAAAUCAAACAAAUUCAUCAACAUUAAUUCAAACAUCAGCUUGUCAACCCUUACAAAAACAAGUAUUAAAUGCGUUUGAAGCUGGGUUGAGCAUAGGUAUACAAACUAGAUUAAGCGAUGACAAUAAACGAACACAAUUGGUUUUGCAGUCUAAUCAAAUCGCAUUUGCCAAGCAGUCGAUCUCACCUACUUCUAGAAUAGAUACAAUGGAUUCAGUGCUACCGUCAGAUAUAAAAUACUCACUAGAUUCCACGUGCUUGAUAAACCAAGUUCAGGCAGCUACACAGACACAAUUACCCUUGAGCCUCAAUACAUCUGCUCCAUUACCAGAUAGAAAAUCUUUUAUUAACACUGCAAAUAAUAUUAAAGGGAAAAAAAAUAAACACAUACUUGGGCAUCAUUGUUCCACUCAACAAUCUUCUAUCUCAAGUUCGGUGCAAAUUCCUCUAAGUUUAUCUUCACAAAAUUAUCCAAUAGAUUCUUCCACAGUGUCCAACAAUCAUACUACAAGCAACUUCGUUGAAACGUAUUCAUCAAAUCAAAUACCAACAACUCCUUUUUCAUGUAUGGAUGUUGAUUCAGAAACAGAUAGUAAUCAUGACACUGCUUUGACUCUGGCAUGUGCUGGAGGACAUGAAGAACUCGUAGAACUUCUAUUGAGUAGAGGAGCAGAUAUAGAACACAGAGAUAAAAAAGGCUUCACACCUCUAAUAUUAGCAGCUACUGCUGGGCAUCAAAAGGUAGUUGAAAUUCUUUUAAAUCAUGGAGCUGAUUUAGAGGCUCAGUCAGAAAGAACGAAAGAUACUCCACUUUCGCUUGCAUGUAGUGGAGGCAGAUACGAAGUUGUUGAAUUAUUAUUAAAUAGAGCAGCUAAUAAAGAGCAUCGAAAUGUUUCUGAUUAUACACCACUUAGUCUUGCAGCUAGUGGUGGAUAUGUUAAUAUUAUAAAACUUUUAUUGAAUCAUGGUGCUGAAAUAAAUUCCAGAACUGGAUCUAAAUUAGGUAUAUCUCCAUUAAUGUUAGCAGCAAUGAAUGGGCACACUGCUGCAGUGAAGUUACUUUUGGAUAUGGGGAGUGAUAUCAAUGCGCAAAUUGAAACAAAUAGAAACACAGCUUUAACACUUGCAUGUUUUCAAGGUAGACAUGAAGUUGUGAGUCUACUUCUGGACCGAAAAGCUAACGUCGAACAUCGAGCCAAGACGGGGUUGACACCUUUAAUGGAAGCUGCUAGUGGUGGUUACGUAGAAGUUGGAAGAGUUCUGUUAAGUAAAGGUGCUGAUGUAAAUGCAAUGCCGGUACCGUCAUCAAGAGAUACUGCUCUAACUAUCGCAGCAGAUAAAGGCCAUUGUAGAUUCGUUGAACUCUUAUUAUCCAAAGGCACUCAAGUUGAAGUAAAAAAUAAAAAAGGAAACAGUCCUCUUUGGCUUGCAGCUAAUGGUGGUCAUCUCAAUGUAGUAGAUCUACUCUAUCACGCAGGAGCAAAUAUUGAUUCUCAAGAUAAUCGAAAGGUUUCAUGUUUAAUGGCAGCAUUCCGUAAAGGUCACAUCAAAAUUAUUAAAUGGAUGGUUAAUCAUGUAACACAAUUUCCUAGUGAUCAAGAAAUGACAAGAUAUGUUGCUACAAUCAGUGACAAAGACAUACUAGAAAGGUGCCAAGAAUGCAUUAAAAUUAUAAGAGCAGCAAAGGAAACGCAAGCGGCAAAAGCUAAUAAGAAUGCCACUAUUUUGCUCGAAGAAUUAGAUAUGGAGAAAACAAGAGAAGAAUCGAAAAAAGCGGCGGCAGCACGUAGGCGAGAACGAAAGAAGAAGAAAAAAUUAGAAAAAAAAGAAGAAAAAAGAAAACUUCACGCAGAAAAUAAUAAAAAUGAAGGCAUAUAUAAAAUUAAUGAUAUGUCAAAAACUAGAAUAGAUGGAAAUGGAUCUUAUAAUGAAGAUUAUCAUCUUAAUGUUGAACAGACCCGUGAUAAUUUAAAUGAGCAUACGACUGAAUUAAAUAAAAAUAUAUCAAUCACCGAGGAAACAAAAGAUAACAAUACAUUCACUAAUAUUAUAGAACACGAUGACAUGUCAAUGAGGGAGAAGAAAAAGGAAAAAAAAAAGAAAAAGUUUGCAUGUAGUAGUUUCAAUGUUUCUAUCAACGAAAGCAAUAUGUCUUAUGUUCAUGUGAUAUCGACUGCUGGUCAAUAUAGUCCAUCAACAACUGAAGGAUGUUUUACUACUUACGACAUUGAUAAGCAUCCAGCAGAUAGAGAUGAUUUUGAAGCUACAGGUAAUGAACUAUGUACAUCGCAGAAAGGAAAGCGAAAUAAUAAUCAGUUAGAAAUUGACGUAUCUCAUUCAACUCCACCUAAAUUGCUCAAUAGUACGAGUCCUAAAUAUCUCGGGAAACGUGACGAAGGAUGGAAGGAAGUUGUACGAAAAGGUCAGAUAGAAGAUUCUGCCAAAUUUGUGAAUGCGUCAUUCCGUUCAAAAAAAGUUUCUGUACCUCCAAACGCUAUUAGUAGAGUAAUUGGUAGAGGAGGAAGCAAUAUAAAUUCUAUUCGUGCUGCUACUGGUGCUCACAUUGAAAUAGAAAAACAAAGUAAAUCAAUAGGAGAAAGAAUCAUUACUAUAAAGGGCUCUUUUGAGGCAACUAAACAAGCUCAUAUCUUGAUAUCAGCAUUAAUAAAAAAUCCUGAUAUCGAUAUAAUUCAGCUUCUAUCAAAAUCAAAGCUAUCUUGUAGUAUAAAUACAAUUUUUGUGGAAAAACCUAAUUCUUCAAUAACGACACCAAAAAUGAAAUUCGUAUCCACAAAAUCUACUAGUGGAUUUUCGAGUACUACAAGUGAGCAUCUUACAAAAUCAAAUCAGGUUACUUCUUUUUCUCCAACAUCUUACGUUCUUCCAUUGCGAUCAUCUACUACAAAUCGAUCAUCCAUAUCACGUUUCACAUCUGCUAACGAUAAAAAAGUUUUAAUCCACUCAAUGACUCAGUCAAAUACAAAAACAACAAUGUCUUAUACUAGUGCUAUUAUGACUUCUGGCCGAUCAAGUAAAGUUUUAGCAACCAACAUAUCACAAACAUUUGCCGAAAAAUUAUCAGAAAUCAAUACAAUAUCUACGGCAAUCGACUAUUCUAAUUCUUUUCAGUUUAAUCAAGUGUUACAUAAUGCUGUAAGUACAGCCAACCCAUCCGUGCAUGUUUCUUCAGUGCAAUCAACUGUUGCUUCGAAUUUGCAGAUGCAAUCACACGAUACAUCUUCAAACAAUUUAUUGGAUUCUGAUACUAUACUUUCUUUAGUUCCAGUUUUUACAGCUAGUUCUUCACAUUCUUCUGAAAAAUUUAACUGUCAAUCAGUCUCCAACAAUUUAAUGACAAUGAAUUCUUCUAAUAUGAUAAUUACUACAACAAACUCUUUUUCAUCACAGUUGAUAAAAGUUCCACAAACAACUAGUAUCUCUGUAAAUUCGCCAUCAAUUACUAGUUUAAAUGAGUGUCAAAAUACAGCGUGCAGCGUUCCUCUAGAAUAUUCCCUUUUUAAUGAUACAUUCAGUAAAGUAACUCAACAAUCGAUGUGGGGAAGUAAAGAAUUUGAAAAUCAAAAAAAUAUAAAUUUUGCUACUAUUGCUGGAGCAAAAGUCUCUGUUAAUAAUCCUGUUAUGCCAUCGAAUAAAUUCAUCGAUAGUGCUCCAAUUGAAGUUGAUGCAUCUAAAGCACCUGGUUAUCGUGGAAUACUAACGUGCUCUCCCACAUCAAAUUUAUCUAAUAAUUUUAGUAGCCUUGGCAAUAAUUCUACAGGUGAUGAUGGAUCUUUAUCGUCGGAUAAAAUUGUAAUCCAAGCCGAACAUGUUCAACUAGUAGAUUUUACAAAUGACGGUAUAUUAUGUGGAGCAUCAAAGCCACCAGUUAAUUUAAUAUCAGUCAGACCUCAUCUACAUCACAAUAAAGACGACAAAAAUAUGACAACUGCAACAUCAUUUAUGAAAAUGACUUCAUGUGAGAAUAUGAAAUCUUCCGAAAAUGCCGUCACUAGUCCUAAAGGAAAUGAUAUUUCAUUAAUGUCCUGCCAAUCAAAUUUGGAGGCUGAUAUAUUUGAUUUAAAUGAUGAAAGUUCUAAUUUUGAAAAUCAAUCCAGUAGCUCCAAUUUGAUAAAAACCGUAACUAGCGAGAGUCAAAGUAAUGCUCAAUGUAUAUCUAUUCAACGGCAUAUACGAACAAAUAAUCCUCAAACAAUAAUGCCUUCAGCUAUAGUAACAACAACUAUAAGUAUGUCGCGGCUAAACCCACGUGCACCGGAUUUCUCAAGUUCAUUACAUUUAGGAAACAACCAGCAGAUGACCAUGCUUAGUACUAGUACAUCCAGACCAACAGUUUUCCCUAUCAUGUCAGCUCAACCAUCUACAAGUGUUAUUCACUCUAGCAAUUUAACAAUGGUUGGAGGUUUUACUUAUAAUAAAUAUCAGACACCAUUUCUAAGACCAACUAAUCCACACCAUUGGCCUUUCCUUGCAACGCCAAAUUACACACAUCAAGAUCAAUUAAUCAGUCAAGCCAAUUAUUCUGACCAUAUUAUAGGAAUAUCAUCACCAUCUUCAAAUUUGGAUACAAUCAAUCAUGAAAAUAGUCAUUUAAGAACACCUGUUAUGUCUUUGGUAUCCACUGGUCCGACUCAAGAAAUUUCUCAUGUACAAAUAGAAGAUCGGAAACCUCGCCCUAUAGGAACGGAAAGAACAUGGAAAAAUUAUUCAAUCAUAGGACCAGGAGGAGAUACUGACAAUAUUAAUUGGAUUCCAAGUCAAGAAAAAACUACAGAUUCAUGGCCAGGAAUAUUGCCAAAUACAGAUACAAAUCAAUUAUUCGAUUCAAAUGCCACUUUCAAUAGAGUUUUACCAAAUGAAACUGAUUCACACAAAACCGCUGAAUCAUCUUUUCAGGGAAAUCAUUUUCGAAAUUAAAGAAAAUAUUGUAGCAGUAAAAAAAAGACUGCAAAAAAUUGCAUCGGAAUGCAAUGCAUGUUUGAUAAUUAAAACUUAGAUGAUUGGACAGUAAAUAAUAUAUAUUUAUUUAUACAUAGCUGCCAUAAAUCAUAUUCUUAAAUAACUAAAUCAGCACCUGAAGAAAAUGCAUGGUGUUAUAAUGUUAUAGAUCUAGAAGCCAUUAUAUAUACAUACAUAUAUAUAUAUAAUACACCAAAAUAUAAAAAUAUCAUCUAUACAUUCAAUGAUUAAAAGUGUUAUUUUUUG